CCACAGGAACAAACCUGCUGAGACUUGCAAAGCGAAUGUAGGAUUCAAAGGGGGAAACGAGACUUUUUUACCCCUCCCAUCUAUUCACGAAUACUUGAGCUAAAACGUUUACGAGGAGGUAGAGCAACAGGUUGUGCAAGAAGUGGCCAAACACCGCCCAGCAGGUGUGUCGGGCUUCGGAGAGGGUUCGACCAGCACCCGUGGGAACGGCCACACCUGCCCCGAUGAGAGUUUCACGAAGGGACGGUCCGAGUUGAGGUUCGUCGGUGUCAUGUGUCCGCCAUGGCCUCCGCUGCUUCUCCUGGGAGGCUUCGUGCUGUCAGGCGCGGCGCUCGUCUCGGGAAUUGAGAUCUAUGCUCCGUCUGCGGUGGAGGCGGUGAACGGGACCGCGGUAAAACUCAAGUGCACCUUCCGCUCCACUCACCCCGUGUCGAGCCAGUCCGUCAUCGUGUCCUGGAACUUCCGGGCGCUGAACUCUAAAACAGAAGAGUCGGUGUUCUACUACCAGGAGGUGGCGUACCCUCCGAAGAGCGGACGCUUUAAAGGCCACGCGGUGUGGUCAGGAGACGUCACGAGAAAGGACGCCUCCAUCACCCUGCGCGAGGUGCCCCCGACCUUUAACGGCACGUACAUCUGCAACGUGCGAAACCGCCCGGACGUGCACGGCGACAACAGAGAGACCACCCUCAGCGUCGUCACCGAAGCUUCCCUCUCCGAGAUCAGCAUCCUGGUCAUCGCGGUCGUCACCGGCUGCGCGUUGAUCCUGAUCGUCCUCGCUCUCUUCUUGGCCGUGAAGUUCUACAUGAGGAGGCGCGGGGGCGAGGACGUGGAGAUGCGCGCUCAGGAGCCCGUGCGCAAGGACCCGACCGUGUGUAAACCCGAGGAAGCGGUUCAUCUAACCGUUGUGAAGGAGACGCACCAAGUUAGCUCAGAUGAUGAAGCGUCCGAGCCGAGCAGCGGAGACGAUGACGAAGAGGACGACAGUGAGGAAGAGGAUGAUGAUGAUGAUGAUUACGACGACGGCGACGAUGACGAUGAUUGAAUCGAGCAUUUUUUAAUCGAGCGCACCGGCUUUCAUCCAUUAACUGUCGGCGAGCGGAAUUAAUUUGCUUGCUGUUUGUUAUCCCGAUUACACAAAAACUACGCGACCAAUUUCCUUUCAGCAGGCGCCAAUAAAUUUGGGGGUUUUGCAGAUGCAAUAAUGGAUUUUUGUUUUGUUUUCCUGUAUACCGUUACUGUCCAGUUGCAUUAGGCCCAAGUGGAGCAGUGAGCAACCAGAGGCCAGCAAUGGCGGGAUUUGGCCUCGCAUGUGGGAUGGACGUAGGUAGGAUUGCUGGGCCUCGGUGUAGCGUCUGCGCUCCGCUGAGUGCUAAUCUGCUCGUAUUUGCGUUGUACGUUGUCGGGUUUAAGGUUGUGCCGUUUGGCUUUUUUUUUUUUUUUUUUUGCUCAAGGUGACUGUCGCUGUGCCCCAGCUUCGUUUGACUUUGUUUUCUCGCUGCCGCUGCUGAUGGAUGUGAUGAUGAUGUGGUGUUUAUUUUUUGGCGGGUGGGUGUUUGAACAAACAAGCGGAGGCCGUUCAUCCCCUCGUACCCAUGCGCUCAAGUUGCGAUUGCAAUCACGAAGGUCAUCUGCUCGUAGAUGAUUAAAUGCUACCAUCCGCCGUUCGUCACUUCAAAUGCUGGUGAAAAAUAGCAACCGGUCCUCUCAUGGUUCUUCCACAAAAGAUGACAAAGUGUUUUUUCUGUUUUGUUUACGUCUGUACAAUAGUAACCUUGCACUUGUGAUUUUGUACACUUUUUUUUUUUUCCCCCCCUCCUCUAAUAGUCUAAAAUGUUAUUUGUAACUGGAAUAAACUAUUUGAAAGCA